AUGUCGGCCAUCUACAACACCGAGCCACAGCCAACAGCAUCUGUGAUUGUACAUACCACGCUUGGCGACAUAUCAGUCGAGCUCUUCGCCAAGCAAACACCACUCACCUGUCGCAAUUUUCUACAGCUUGCCCUCGAUGGCUACUAUGACGACACAAUCUUUCAUCGUCUCGUCCCCGGGUUCAUUCUCCAAGGAGGCGAUCCGACCGGCACGGGCAACGGGGGUGAAUCCAUUUACGAUGGCGGAGCUUUCAGUGGUGAUCUCGAUCCAUGGCCGAUGGACGAGCGGCGAGAGCGAAACGCUGGCCCCAUGGGGGUCAACUUCAAGGACGAAUUUCACUCACGCUUGAAGUUCAACCGCCGAGGACUUCUGGCCAUGGCGAAUGAAGGCAGCCCGGAUACGAACGGAAGCCAAUUCUUCUUCACACUGGACAAGACCGAGGAGCUCAAUGGGAAGAACACUCUAUUCGGGCGCGUGGUGGGCGACACCAUCUACAAUCUGGCCAAGAUUGGUGAAUCCGAACUUGAGGAGGGCAGCGACCGACCCCUGUAUCCAAUCAAGAUCACUGGCGUAGAAAUCUUGGUCAAUCCGUUUGAGGACAUGCAGAAGAGACAAAGGAUAGCCCAGCGGACGGACAAGGCAGCAGGCCCUGCCAAGAAGCAGAAGAAGCGUAAAGGCGGGAAACAGCUUCUGAGCUUUGGUGACGACGAAGAAGAAGGCGGAGAGGACUUGCCAGUUCUCAAGAAGCCAAAAUUCGACAAACGAAUCGUGCAGGAUGUGGAGGAGGAGGACGACCGACGUCAAGAUAAGUUGUCAAAGAAGAAGGCGACCAAGAAAGACUCGAGCGGACCUCAGAACGGAGCCGGAACGGGGGCAACUGCCCACCGACGACGCGAUAGCCCUAGCCCGUCGCCGAAAAGAGACCUGCCUGUCAGGAACGACAAGCCGCGCGGCUUCUCUGAUGGAUCCGAGUCACCAGAAGCCGAGCCUGAAGCUCCGAGGAAGAAAACUCUUCUGGAGCAAACUAACGAGGAGAUAGCAGCAUUGAAGGCAUCUAUGAAGCGCACAGUCCACGCCGAGCCAGUCAAGGAGGAAAGGAAAAAGUCUGCGUUUGAAGCACUCAUACCGGAGACGUCGACAAGAGGGAAGAAACGACGGCCCGGGGCAACCAAUCUCUCAGCUGCCGAGGAAAAGAAGACUCUUAAUAUGCUUCGGGCCUUUCAAUCCCGCCUCGAAAAGGCUCCGGCUCCCAAGGAAAGCGCGACAUUGGCCGCGAAGCUAGAGGAGGAGGGACAGAAGGCAGAUGACGAUGAGGAGGGCGAGGUAUGCGACCUGCACUUUAUAGCAAAUUGCCAAAGCUGUCAGUCCUGGGAUAAGCUUGAAGGGAAAGAAGAUAGCGAUGAUGAAGGCUGGAUGUCGCACACCCUGAGCUUUGCUGCGGACAAGCUGGGCAAAGACCUCAGCUACAGAAAGAAGGCGGAGGAAGAGCUGAUCGUGAUCGACCCUCGCGAAAAGGCCAAGAAUCUCAAGGAGGAGAAGAGAGGAUCAAGGGAUUCGAAGCAAGGAGGUUCAGGCAGGGCUUGGGAUCAGGCCAAGAACGCGCAAUUGGCCAGGGCAUCGGCUCUUGCCGGUCGCGGUGCUAAAUAG